GACUGUGUGAGAAUAUCAUCUGAGCUUUAAAAAAGAAAUUGGUAAAGAAUAUUAUCCAUGUUGACUAGAACGCGUGGGAGUGAAGAUUUCCAGUACUCCAAAAUGUAGCCAAAAAUAGUACCUUCUUGUGACGCUGUUCUUGGCAGAUUGUCAAGUUUCCUUAAAGCUCCGUUUCUGAGAAGAGAAUUUUAUACCUUCCGCCAUUGUCAGUUUUCAGUUAAUCGCCUUGUUAGGGAGAAAAUUGUGUCACAGCAAUUAUACUUCCCUUAAAUUAUCUAGGUCUACGCUUUCCAGAGGGAACAAAAUCCAAAUCCAUGGCAAUCUAUAUGGAGACUGAAGAAAUAGAUGAACAUGAACACGAAGAAGUUGUUGUGAAGAAGCAUGAGAUGCAAAAUUUGUAGCAAAAUUCUGGAGUUCGCAAAUGUACCUUCUAAUAUGUGUAAUGCAUCUUCAGAUUGAAAGACUUGGUGUUCGGUAUGUGUUUGUAGGGUUUGAUCUUAGUUUUGUUAAUUUUGAUUUGUAAAGACUUGUUAAACAGUGAUAAGAAUAGGAGAUUAAAUGCUUCCAAAUGUGUACCAUAAUUCUGAAAUCAGCUUAAGAGCAAAGCAAGGAUGAUUGUCAACAAUAAUUUGCAUAGGACCGAGAUUUACAGGCCAAAUUACUCUAAGCUAACUAUACCAACUUCAGCACUGAGACCGCCUAGCUUAAGUCUUACUCUUUCUCUAUGCGCCACCGUCUUGACUCACAUAAACAGUACCCCCAACGGGUUCGUUGGAAAUUUCGUUUGGAGAUUGGACACUGUUCAAUUAAAUGUCUGUUUGCACGAGAGGAAAUUUCGUCAUUUCCUUCCAUCAUUUUCCAAUAAAUUCUCGAGCCUACCAAAUCAAACCAGGCGCAUCUCAGAAUAGAAUAUUGAUUUCUAUGCAGUGUUCUUAGCGAAAUGAGCAAGUGUCCGGGCUUAUAUUUUGAUAUUGGGAAAAGGGCCAAAGAUGUUCUUCACAAGGACUACGCUCACCAGCCACCAAUUCACUUUCACUACCAAUUCAUGGACUGGAAUCUAGAUCUUUCCUGUCAAGUAGAAGAAAUUGUUCCUGGACUAAGAAGUCUUUUCAAUUUUACGCUACCUGAUUCCGGAAAGGUGGAACUGCAAUACCUGAGUAACUACACUGGGAUUACUGGGUGCAUUGGAUUAAUAGGAAACCUUGAAAGAGGAUAUGACCCUGUUGUCAACUUCUCUGGUCUUAUAGGAACAGAUAUUCUAUCUUUGGGGACCAAACUUGCUUACGACAUCUCAACAAGGGAAUUCAGGAAAAUGAAUGUUGGUUUCAGCUUCAACACCGCGUUCCUUGUUGCUUCUAUGACCAUGCAUGACAGGUUUGACACAGUGAAAGCAUCAUUUUAUCAUGAAGUGAACCCUCUGACUAAGACAGCCAUAGCAGCAGAGGUGAAGCAUAGGAUCUCACUGAAUGAAACUGGUGUGACAAUUGGUGCUCAGCACGCAUUGUUACCUUGCACAAUGGUGAAGGCUCGACUUGACACUUACGGCAAGGCGGGUGCGCUAAUUCAGCAACAGUUCUGGCAGAGAAUUUGUAUAUCCAUGGCUGGAGAAAUUGAUUUUAGGGCCACAAGUAAACUUCCUAAGAUUGGACUCUCCCUGGCUCUAGCACCCUAGUCAAUCUCAAGGAGAAAAGCCAUUAUAUUAUCUUGCACGCAUGAUGGAAGUUAUCAUUUUUUAUUACUAUCCAUUUUAAUCAAUAUUGUAGAACAGUAUGAGAUGCCAUACAUGCCAUGCUGAGUGUUUCUCUGAAGGGUUGAGGACCUAGGAAAGAGUUCUUGACAACUCUUAUGAAUAAACACAAUGAUAGUACCAAAUAUUUUUGAGAUCA